GCCAGCACCUCCAUCAUGCUAACUCACCCUGUCAGACGCGUCCUGUCAAGGCGUUUAUCCGUAAUAAAAACCAAACAAUCCACCAGGAGAUGCUGCAGUUCAUCCUCCAUUGAGGAUGUGGACCAGGCCGGGACGCUGCUGCAGCUCUGCGUGGACAGGCACUAUGUUUCCCCCGGACAGCCUAACGUGGAGCUGUUCCAGCGGGGGAUGUGCUGCAGCUACGGGCCUCUGGGCACGGAGCUGAGGAGGAACCUGCUGGAUCAGUGGUGGCACUCGGUGACCGGGUCCAGAGCUCAGGUGUUUGGGUUAAACACUCUGAGCAGCAGCAGCAGCAGGGACAGAGCAGCAGAUGGAGGAGGACAACUGAGGAUGGUCGAAUCUGAACAUUUAAAACAAUUGCUGGACCGACAGGAGCUGAGCAAAGAGCAACUCAUCCAGGAGGUGCGCAUGCUCCUGCAGAGGUCUCCAUCUGUGAGAACAAACUUACUUCAAGGCGCCUUGGAGCAGUUUGUCCCUUCUAUGGAGCUGGUGAACAGGAAGCUGCCGUUUGGACUGGCAGAGACGGGUCUGUGUUUGCAGCCUUCACGUGGCUCUGGUUGCCCAGCUGAGGUCACCCAGACUUCUCUGGUGUGGUUCUGUUCACCUCGCACCUCUUCCCAGUGGCUGGAUCACUGGACACGCCAGAGGCUGAGGUGGUGGAGGAAAUUUGCCCGGUCACCGUCCGACUUCAGCAGUAGUGAGGUCCCAGAGGAGGAACUGGAAGAGCCAGCAUCUCGUGGUGUGAGGAUCAUUUAUCAUUUCCCGUGGGGACCGGAGUCGCUGGAGACUCUGUGGAGUCGUGGAAACUCUGAGCUGCUGCACACACACCAGGGAGUCCGCUCCAAGCUGCAGCCUCGGGGCGGACAAAAGUCGAUUCCUCAUGUCGUCUCUGUAACCGGGAACAUGGACCGCGGCAUGAUGGCUUUUCUGUCCAACUCACUCCAGCAGCUGAAGAGAGAAGACAGCAAACAGAGGCUGCAGCAGAGAAGGGUUCUGAAGUUGCAUCCAGUGUUGGCUCCAGUCAAAGUGGCUCUAGACAUCGGUAGAGGAGCAACUGUGGAGAUGAGACGGGUUUGUGAGGGCCUUCUGCAGGAAUUCCUGGAAGCUAACAUCUUGGCGUGGCCCGGAUAUCUUGACACUGCGCAAACAUCAAUGGAGCAGCUGAACACCAAGUAUGAUGAGAUGGGAGUUCUCUUCACUGUGGUGAUCGGUGAGAACACGUUGGAGAGCGGCCUCCUUCAGGUCCGCAGCAGAGAUACAACCAUCAAGGAGACCAUGCACAUCUCUGAAAUCCGGAACUUUCUAUCCAGAUACAUCUCUGCAGCUGACAACAUCUGAAUGUACUUUUUGUUAUUUAGGCAAAAAAGGGCAUUAAUAUUGUGCUUUUUCAGUUUUGCAUCCCUUCUAGAUACAAAAUACUGGGACCUCUACAUGUCAGGGCCUUACGUGUGCAGAUUAAUUGUUUAAACUACAUCUUCCCCGAUUGAACUCAAAGUUGUGGAUGUUUACAUACUUGUGUUAACCUAAAUAUGAAGGCUAUUUUGUAAUAAGCUGUGCUCACACUCACAUGUACCCCCCAGUUCUUACUGGACAUAACUUAAGAGACUCAGUCAUCCUACAGCCUCCUUUGAGUUCAUUCGUGGAUAUAUUAAAUCUUUGAUCUGCAUGUAAUCAGGUCUGUCUUAACAGUGGCAGUCACACCGUGUCAAGUUUUUGAAUAAAAGUUUCUGUCUCAUUUUCUAUUAAAUAUGAAGAAUGUAUCUUUAAUAUUUA